AUGGAAGCCUUCAAGAUACGCAUGCCGGAGACCGCCGCGGAGAGCACACGCCUCGCAAUGCGCGCCUUCAGCAUUGUCGUGGCCACCGACGAGAAGAACGGCAUCGGGGAUGGCAAUUCCAUUCCGUGGCACGUGCCGGAGGACAUGCAGUACUUUAAGAAGUUGACCACAAAUCUGCGUGGAAAGAACGUCACGCCGUCACUGGAAAAGCGUAACGCUGUUGUGAUGGGCCGCAAGACGUGGGACAGCAUACCCGCCAAGUUCCGCCCGCUCGCCGGUCGCCUGAACGUUGUGCUCUCUGCCACUCUCACGAAGGAGCACCUGCUGGACGGCAUCUCUGACGAGGCGAAGCGUGCAGCAGCAGCCGACGGCGUUGUCGUUGUGAACGGCGGCCUGGCGGACGCGCUGCAGCUGCUUGCGGAACCGGCGUAUGUGUCAAGCAUCGAGACGGUGUACUGCGUUGGCGGCGGCCGCGUCUACGCGGAAGCCCUCCGCCCGCCGUGCGUUGGCGUGCUGCAGGCAAUUCACCUCACCCUGAUCCAUGUUCACGAGCCGUCGUGCAGUGUGCACUUCUGCACUCCUGCGGCUGGCAGCGGGGAGGAUUGGGUGCGGGAGAAGGCGACGGAGGACCUCACGUCGGCGAAUGCCGCCGCCACCAAGUACCGCUUUGAGAAGUACGUGCCGCGCAACAGAGAGGAGGAGCAGUACCUGCAUCUCGUCGACCACAUUAUUCGCGAGGGGAGUAAGAAGGAUGACCGCACAGGUGUUGGCACGCUGUCGAUCUUCGGCGCGCAGAUGCGUUUCUCGCUCCGUGGCAAUCGCCUGCCGCUGCUGACGACGAAGCGCGUCUUCUGGCGCGGCGUGUGCGAGGAGCUGCUGUGGUUUCUGCGCGGCCAGACGAACGCGAAGCUGCUGAGCGACAAGGGCGUGCACAUCUGGAGCGACAACGGCUCGCGCGCCUUCCUCGACAGCCGCGGGCUGCACGACUACGAGGAGAUGGACCUUGGCCCGGUGUACGGCUUCCAGUGGCGACACUUCGGCGCGGCGUACACGCGGCACGACGACGACUACUCCGGGAAUGGCAUCGACCAGAUCCGGCAGAUCGUAGAGACGCUGCGCACGAACCCCGAUGACCGGCGCAUGAUACUCACCGCGUGGAACCCGUGCGCGCUGCACGCGAUGGCGCUCCCACCGUGCCACCUCCUCGCGCAGUUCUACGCGAACAACGGCGAGCUCUCCUGCAUGCUGUACCAGCGCUCGUGCGACAUGGGCCUCGGCGUGCCGUUCAACAUCGCGUCGUACGCGCUGCUGACGAUCCUCAUGGCGAAGGCGGCGGGAUUGCGGCCGGGCGAGCUGGUGCACACGCUCGGCGAUGCGCACGUGUACUCCAACCACGUGGAGCCCUGCCUGGAGCAGCUGCAGCGGGUGCCGCGGGCGUUUCCGUUCAUCGUGUUCCGCCGCGAGCGGGAGUUCCUCGAGGACUACGAAGAGGGCGACAUUGAGAUCGUGGACUACACGCCGUACCCCGCAAUCGCAAUGAAGAUGGCUGUGUGA